AUGGCCCGUAAAUAUAGCAGCAAAGAGUAUCUGUCAGUCAAGGACCUGGAGAAAGUUUUGGACUCGUGUAAGUUAAACUUGCACCAAAUCGAUGAGGUCUGGCCAAACCUGUACAUCGGCAACGUAGGAAUAGCGCAGAACCGAAGCGCCCUGCAGAACCUCGGCAUCACUCACAUUCUGAACGCCGCUCACACCAAGAGAGGAAGCAUCGGGGACCAGAACUACUACGGCACUAGUUUUGUGUACUGCGGGAUCCCCGCUGACGACUCCACACACUUCGAUUUGGACGUUUACUUCAAACCGGCAGCAGAAUUCAUUCAUAAAGCUCUCAACACUCCUGAUGGAAAAGUUCUGGUGCACUGCAUCAUGGGAAUGAGCCGCUCCUCGUCGCUGGUGCUGGCGUACCUGAUGCUCUAUCACGACAUGCCUCUGCACGCGGCCAUACGGCGCAUCAUCCAGAAACGAGCCAUCUAUCCCAACAGAAACUUCCUGGCUCUGCUGCUGGACCUGGACCUGCAGAGGAAGAAGAAGCACAGACGAUGUGUCCUGCUGUGAGCAAACAACUACAGGACUGAUCACGUGAUGAACGAUCACGACACCGCGUCCUAACCAGGCCACAUGUGACAAGUGCUUUGAUUCUCCACACUGAACGCGAAAACAUAAAUGCAAUCAAUAUGUGAUGCUUACAGUAAUGUGGAGCUGGAAUUUGGACCAAUGAGAUUUGAUU